GGCCAAUCGUUGUUGGCAUAAUCUGGAGAAGAUUAUGCUCUAAGAUGGCUGUUACCUCAGUAUGAAAUAAGGUCACUUCAUAUCUGGGUAAUCACCAAUUUGGUGUUGGUAUUCCAUGUGGUGGUGAAGCCAUUUUACACGCGGCUAACAGAUUGUUGGAGAUGAAGGGUGACUGCAACACACAGACCAUGAUGCUCAUAGAUUUUUCGAAUUCUUUCAAUCUUGUUGACAGAUAUACUUUGAUUCGGGAGGUUAGAACUCACUUCCCAAGCAUUGCAAAAUGGGUCGAGUUUUGUUAUUCUUCACCUUCUAGAUUGUACUACAACGAUGUAGUUCUUUCAUCAGCUAAAGGUGUCCAGCAGGGUGACCCACUUGUCCCCCUAUUGUUUGUGCUUGCAUUGCACCCCCUUAUUUCUCAAAUUGCUUCACAAUGUACCUUGGAAUUUAAUUCCUGGUACCUUGAUGAUGGUACACUUGCAGAUGAUACGCUUGAGGUGGAGAAGGCCUUGAAGAUCAUACAAAAUAAAGGACCUAAGAGGGGCUUAUAUCUGAACUUGUCGAAAACUGAACUCUUCUGGCCCUCACCAGAUCCCAGGUGCAGCGAAGAUGGUCUCUUUCCUGCAAAUAUUGGUAAAGCUUCAACUGGAGUAAAGCUGCUAGGAGGUCCUGUCAGCCUUGAUGCGCAAUUUUGUAGCAACAUGGUUCUCAACAGGGUUGAUAAAACCAUUCAGAUGAUGCAAAAGAUCAAGAAAUUGCAAGACCCUCAGUGUGAACUUUUACUCAUGCGUAAUUGCACCGGCGUCUCUAGACUCUAUUUCACUCUCAGGACAACAAGUCCUUUGGAAAUUCAUGCUGUAACUUCCCGUUUUGAUGAACACUUAUUUCAAUAUUUGAGACAUAUCAUAGUUGGUGAUGGUGCAGGUUUAGGUCUUGUCCAGCAGCGCUUAGUCACUUUGCCGAUCAAGGAUGGAGGCUUGGGAGUAUACACGAUGGUUGAUAUAGGCACCUACUGUAAUUUGGCAUCUACUGCUCAAACCCAACAAUUGCAACACACCAUCUUGAAGAUCUCUCCUUCAGCUGAGUUAAGCCGCAGCUUUGAACACGCUCUUCAGGUGUCUCGCCUUUCACGAGUGCUAGAACUCACAUUUUUACUGCUGGGCAAGCUAUUACAUCUGCUGUCACGCGCAAGAACAACAAAUAUUUGGACACAUGCUCAGCUAAUGGACAUGGGUUUGGUUUCUUGGCAUUCACUACAUUAGGAGAGUUGAGUGAGGAUUUUAUUGUAUUUUUGAAGAGGUUAAGCAACUGUAUGUCUAGUCAUGAUGCUAACCAUAGAAUUAUUAGUUCACUAUUCCAUAGGUUAGACAUUAUUAUUCAAAAGGGUGUCGGCGCCCAGCUUGUUGCUAGGCUAC